AUGAGUGAGCAAGAAACAAAACAGCCGACGACAAGGCGGCGUUCGAGCAUAAUAGAAGUUGAAAGUGACGAAGAUAUCGCCAUAGAGCUGAGUUCCAGUGACCAACAGCGGCGGGACAGUAUAAUAGAAGUACUCAGCGAUGCGGGCCUGGAUAACUCCGAUGAUGAACUAGAAAUAGUGGGAGAAGCCCAAGCGCCUCCCGUGGAAGAUGAUGAUUUACAAAUUACGGGCCAGACAAGAAUGGUUCCCCCUACUAUUCAAUACCCAGGUGCUCCUAUGGAAGCUGUCCCUGUGGAAGAAGAACCUUACAACAGUAGAGAUUCAUCACAUACACCUCCAACCCCAGCGCCACCACGCCGACAAAGGCAUCUCUUUGGGCGUGAGUUUAUGCGCCGCCUCAGAAGAAGAGUCUCUGGCGAGACAGGCCAUAGGUUUACCAGACCUCUUAGUUUCUUUGAUCUCCCACAAGAACACCAGAGAUCUUUUCUUGAUAUGAUUCAAUCCCAGGACGAUGACGAGAUUUCAAGCUCCAUCUUUGCUCGUCUAGAGCGUGAAGAUGAACUGGCUCUUGACCGAAAGAUUGAGAAGGAGAAGAUUUUCAACCGUGAUGCCCUUCAGAAAAAGAAGAGAGAAGCCAAAGAGGAAGACAAUCUUCAUACGACAAAUAUCGAUCCCAAAGACAACUUGCUAUGUGAACUUUGCGGUAUACAGUUGGGUGAGGGGAUUCCAGAUGACUUCAAACCCAACCCAAAGUACGACAAAGAUCUCGAGAAAUAUGCCAAAGAGUUUCAGGUACAAGCGCCAUGGUUUUGUAUGACACAGUGUCUUGAAGCCGAUCGUGCACUUUCAAAACGUGUCUUUGUGGCUAAAUGUGGACAUGUGUUCUGCGGUAGAUGUAUCAAGAAUAUCGAUAUCGCUCGAUAA